GGGAAAGCGCGAGCUGCGCUGCCUGGCGCAGAGAGUGGACAGCCCGCGCACGGAGAAAGAAUACCCUACACGAUCUCGUGAUGUGGAAAGAGACAGAUGAAAGACAUCGACCACCUUAGACUCGUGGAGAGAUCUGCGAAAGCAAGAGCGCAGCUUUAUAAAGUAAAGCACUUAUCCCCGGAGGCUCAGCUGUCACAGAAUGGAGAACAUCACGAUCCCCUUCAUCCCAAACCCAACAUGCAACUACAGCAUGGACUUAUACUAUUACGACUCUUCAAACCGGAGCGAUCUGAAUUGCACGCCGCCGGCUGACUACUUCUUUUACGCAGAUCUAUACGUGGUUCUCCCGGUCAUUUACUCCGUGAUAUGCGCCGUAGGUCUGACGGGAAACACGGCGGUCAUAUAUGUGAUCCUCAAAGCACCCAAAAUGAAGACAGUGACCAAUAUGUUCAUCCUGAACUUGGCGAUCGCCGACGACCUCUUCACUUUAGUGCUGCCCAUCAACAUAGCGGAGCAUCUGUUACACUACUGGCCGUUCGGCGAGGUGCUGUGCAAAAUCAUUUUAAGCAUCGACCACUACAACAUCUUCUCAAGCAUCUACUUUCUGACUGUUAUGAGUGUGGACCGGUACCUGGUGGUGCUGUCGACCGUGCGCUCCAAGCGCAUGCCGUACCGCACAUACCGGGCAGCCAAGAUAGUGAGCCUGUGCGUGUGGCUGCUGGUGAUCCUCAUCGUCGUGCCGUUCACCGUGUUCGCGGGAAUGUAG